GUCGUUACACUCUCUAUAUCCGAAAAAAAGUGCAAGCAAAUCCUUCUGUCACAAGCCGAAUCCAGACACCGCCACCACAACAAACCGCAUUUUCUAUAUAGAGAUUUUGGACUCUACGACAAAAAAUUGUUCUCACUCUUUUCAUUUAGUUGUCUAGUCGAAGGGCUUCGUUGAUGCAGAUAGACAUGCCUCCAUCAUCAUCGCCUUCUUCUACACAGCAGCAAUUGGUGACAGUUGAUGAAUCCGGAACCUUAAUACCUGGCCUUCCAAACGACGUCGCAUCUCUGAUUUUAUCAUUCGUUCCAUAUUCCCACCAAUCACGUCUCAAACCUACCUGCAAAUCAUGGUGUCUAUUUUUCUCAUCCAAAACCCUAAUAAUUCAGCGCCGUAAACUCUCACGCCUCUCCCAUCUCCUCUGUAUAUUCCCUGAAGAUCCUUCUAUUUCCUCUCCUUUCCUCUUCGACGCGUCUAAUCUCGCGUGGCGUCCAAUACCGCCUCUCCCUUGUGACCCCUCCACCUACAGUCUCACCAACUUCACUUCCGUCUCACUUGGGUACCACGUCUACCUUAUCGGUGGGUCCCACUUCGACGCGCGUUCCUUUCCUUUGGACCUACCACUCCCGACUAACUCGGCCGUCAGGUUCAAUUUCAUCACCUUCUCGUGGGAGAGAAUCGCGCCGAUGAUUUCUCCACGGGGGAGCUUCGCUUGCGCGGCGGUACCGGGAUUGAAUCAGAUAAUUGUUGCCGGUGGAGGGUCCAGGCAUAGUUUGUUUGCAGCGGGAGGGAGUAGGAUAAGUUCGGUGGAGAGAUACGAUGUAGCGAGAAAUAAGUGGGUCGAGAUGGAUGGGUUGCCCAGGUUUAGAGCCGGAUGUGUGGGGUUUAUGGAGGAGGAAAGUGGUGAGUUUUGGGUUAUGGGUGGGUACGGGGAGUCGAGGACGGUUUCGGGAGUGUUUCCUGUGGACGAGUACUAUAGAAAUGCUGUGGUGCUGGAACUGAAGAAGGACGAUGAUGGUAGUGAUGGUUGGGGGAAUUGGAGGGAAGUUGGUGAUAUGUGGGGGGAAGGGGAAAGGUCACGGCUAGGAAAGAUUGUGGUCAUGGAGGAUGAAGAUCAUGGAAGGCCUGAAGUUUUCAUGCUUGAUAAUAAUGAUAUCUUAAGGUAUGACAAAUCAUUGAACCGUUGGCAAAAGGAGACAUCGGUGCGAAGGAAAGUUCCUUGCAAGAAAUCAUCUGGUUUUGUUGCAUUGGACGGAGAGUUACAUGUGAUGACUCCUGUACCAAAACAACAUAAAAGAGGAGGAACUCUGUUUAUCCAAGUCUACAAUCCAAGGAAGAAGACAUGGAGGUUAAUUUGUACAAAGCCUCCAUUUCCUCAGCAAUUGGAUUUUAGUACUGCAGUUAUGUGCUCCAUUAAGUUGUAGACGUAAUUGUGGUGUUUGUAGUGCAGGUACUUGUACCUAAAUUGGUUAAGCAGAGUAUGUUAUUGUAGGCAUACGUUGUGUUUAUGUACAGAUUGAUAAGGUAUAGAAUCAGUUUAGCUAUGAAUGUAAAUACAAUAUUAUUGUAUCUUUAUUUUGGUUCCACUGAAAUAAAAAUGGAUAUAUUAUUUUGGUA